UCCCUCAUAAUGUUAAGCCAGGAGGAAGCGGAAGCUCAGAUCUCAGAGCUCGACCUUCUCUCCAGCAUGUUCCCCAGCGAAGAAGAGUUUGUCGUCACGGAUCAGCUGGCACUGGCGGAGCUGAGGGAAUUUGCAGAGAAGCAGACAGCGGUCACUCCAACAUUUACAAUUCAGUUCACGCUGACUGUGAAACUUGGUGAGAGCAAUGCAACUAAUACCCAGGAUGUGCUUUCCCUACAUUGUUCAUAUCCACCUCACUACCCAAAUGUCCCACCAGAAAUCGUAGUCAGAUCGCCAUCCCUGGUGCGGUCACAGCAGACUCCGCUUCAUUCAGAUCUGAACACAUAUCUAAAAAACAAUUGUAAUGGAGAUGUGUGUAUUUUAAGUGCUGUGGAAUGGGUUAAAGACAAUGCUUCUACCUACCUGAACCUCGUGUCCCCCACUGAUCAUCAGGAUGGAACUUUGGUGACUCCUGAAGACAGCGUUUUCACUAGGUUAUGGAUCUACAGUCAUCACAUAUACAACAAACAAAAGCGAAAAUAUAUCAUGGAAUGGUCAGAAGAGUUGGGGCUUUCAGGGUUUAGUAUGCCAGGGAAACCUGGCAUUGUGUGUGUAGAGGGAGCACAAGAGUCAUGUGAAGAGUUUUGGUCCAGAAUAAGGAAACUGACGUGGAAGAGGAUAUUAAUCCGCCACAGAGAAGACGUCCCUUUGUCUUGUUCCUCUUCAGAUGUGCACAUAAACAUCCAGAAGCAUUGUAAAUUUCCUCCUCUUAAGGAGAUGGCGUUUGAUGCACACGGAGCCCGGGGCAACCACAUGGAUCUGGGUCAGCUCUAUCAUUUCCUCCAGGAAAAAGGAUGCUCGGAUGUCUUCCCCAUGUACUUUGGGAUUGAGGGACGAUAGCAGUUAGGAUCAUGAAUGACUUCCGGAUGGGAACAAUAUUUCCACUUUAAACUCUGGCCACUUUCUUAUGACAAUAAAUGUGUUUAUGGUUUU